AUGAAUGAGAUAAUGAGUUGCUCAAGGCUGAAAAUUCCCGAUUGCGAUUCUCAAGCUAAACAAGGCUACAGGGUUGGUGAGGAAGGUAGGGCCAGGCGGAGCCGGCUGAAUGUCUCCUGCGCCACGUUGCAGUGUUUCGGCAAUGAAGUUUCUGGAUUCGAAGGAGCGAAAAAGGUAUCUACCCGGUUGGACGGGGAGUAUCUCAGGGGUGUAGGGCGACUUUCAAUUCCUUAUCGCCAGACUGCUGUAAAAUACAUGCGUGAUUUAAUGGAGUUCGAAAUGUUUUUCCGUGCUCGUAAAUUAGUACCGAAAAAGAAGGAGGACAAGGAGAAAAAGGAGGACAAAGACAAAAAGGAGAAAGACGCUGGUAAAUCGCCGAAGGCUGAAAAAAGAGAAAAGAAGAAGAAGGAAGAUGAAACAGUUACCGAAACAGAGGCGGAAGAUAAGAAAGAUGAGAAGAAAGUUGAAAAGAAGGAGGAAGAAGAGAAGAAGAAAAAGAAAAGGAUUAAAUUAGAAGUGCACGAUGUUCAGGUCUUUAACGAUGAUAAAGACGUAUACGUUUGGAUUUUCGACCCGACACCGCUUUACAAAAAAGUGAUAGGCUUGUUGAUGGUGAUUGGUACUAUUGUUGGCUGCCUCUUCCCUCUUUGGCCCAUGUGGCUGCGACAAGGCGUUUAUUAUCUCUCAUUAGCUGGCAUAGGAGUCUUUGGUCUCAUUGUUACGGUUGCCAUCUUACGUUCUAUCUUAUUUGGAAUUAUAUGGUUAGUUACGUUGGGCGAACACAACCUUUGGAUCCUACCCAACUUGACAGAGGAUUGUGGUUUCUUUGAGUCAUUCCAACCAUGGUACACCUAUGAAUACUGCCCUCGAGAUAAGAGUAAGGGUAAGGACAAAGAGAAGAAAAAGAAGAAGAAGAAGGAUAAGGAUAGCGAUGAGGAGAACGACGAUGCCGCUAAACAAGAUAAAGGCAAGGAAAAUGAAGAGGCUGACGCAAAUGAAAAUACUAAUCACGCUAGUCAUAGUGAAUCCGAGGUUUCUGCAAGCGAGAACGGCUCUUCUGUGCCCGCUUCUCCAGAAGGCGAAGUGAAAAAAAGACGUCCACGGCGGGCGGACGCUGACUACGUCAUUGUAAAGAAGUAGCUCUAUUGGCUGAGUAUCAUGAUGAUUUCUUUCAUGCAUAACUUCAUUAUUCACUUUCUUUUUUUGCCUAUGUGUAAUACUCAUUCGGCUGUCUAUCUCGAUCUAAUACUAUCACGGUACAAUUCAUUAAUAACCUGCUUAUGCUAAUAGUAUGGAAGCUCUGGUCGCUGAGUGUGAUCAUCACUUUUUGAAGGUUUCUCCAUUCUUGUCGUUACGUGAAGUUGUUGCAUUCGUCUGUUGGUACUAAGUACGGUGUUGGUAUCAUUUCAUCAUUUCUUACUUGUUUGUAUCAGUUGUUUCGGUUUUAGAAAUCUAUGGGAAGGGAAACAAAGCUCUUCUUUCGUUGAAUCUGUUUUCGCUAUAUACUUCGUCAUUGUGCUUUUCUGAUUCUACGGUGGCUGGUGAUGAUUGCUUUGGUCAGAAC